AUAUGGACCUAACGCGAGCUUGUACCUCGAGCCAUUCCACGAAGGGCUCAACUCAUUCGUGAGCAAUGUUCUUAACAGUGCAUUGUGCCAUGAUCCACAGACAAUCGCAUCCGAGUAAGUAGGAGUUCAGGGCUUCGCGAUACUCCUUACCAUAGCCCGAUAUGGCUCAGAACAACACCGAUAUCGAUAGUGGGAUGAAAGUCAUUUUGCCCUACUUGGCCCGAGAUCCGUUGUACAAGACGGAAAAGCCUUACGCAACUGACUUCGAUGUCUCCGCCAUACCAGGCGCAAAGAACACCAACCACGUCAUAGAGUUAGUUGAACAUACUGUCUACAAUGCGCGUGCUCUUGCGAAGCACUUCAUCUUGGAGGAGAACGGGUUCGAGUUCUUAAAAAGUCAGACAUGCGUUGAUGUGGCCAAUUGUGACGACGAAGAUCUUAUUUACACCAAGUUCCGAGUUGAGAUAGAGGCAAUUCUACACGAACAUUUCCCAUACUACAAGCAUUUUCGCUAUCUUGACCAUCAAGUCAGAAAGCGCAGUGCAUUGUUCCCAGGCAGUCCAGGAGAGCAGGUAAGGUUCGCCCAGCCGGCCUCACUACCCCAUACCGACUUCACAACGCGUGGUGGUUUCCUCCGUAUGGCCGAAAGGUUUCCCAAGAAAGUGUACUGCGACGAGGAUUUUGACCUGAUUAAUAUCUGGACUGUCCUUAAAGGUCCUAACAAUGACUGGCCGUUGGCGGUCUGCGAUUUCAAAAGUAUCAAUAGCGCUGUCGACUGUAUCCCCAACGAUAUCUUGCACGACACCACCGUCGGUGAAAACGGCCUGUUGUAUCAUGACGACCGCCAUAGAUGGUAUUACUUAGCCGACCAAGAGACUGACGAUCUCAUCGUCUUUCGUAAUGCAAAUUCGCUGGGAAAUCGAGCAAAUGCCUACCAUGCGGCGUUCAAUACUGGAACGUCCCAUGGCCCAGCCCGACAGAGCAUUGAAAUUCGGUUCGCCUGCUUCCGCUAACAUCACGGGCAUUGGAACGAGCAUCAUUUAGACUUGGAAACCUUAAGGUUCGUUCAAAGUCGCAGUUGAAGCCCGGACAGUAACACAAGGGUCGUAUGCUUGUACACAUCCAGCGGUUUGGUUUUACGCAGUCAGCAGAUUAGUUUUAUUCAGCCGAAAGCUGAGUAUCUGGCUCGCAUAGGGUACAUGAAUUAAAUUUUCUAUCAUCUAGUAUAUGACUUCGAUAGCAAGUCAAUGUAACACUUCUAUUUACAGCU